AUGGUCAUACUCUUCCACGACAUGAUGCAUAAGGAAAUCGAGCUCUACAUUGACGACAUGAUCGCCAAGUCGAAGGAAGGAAAAGAUCGCCUCGUCAACCUAAAGCGCCUCUUUGACCGCCUCAAGAAAUACAAGCUCCGACUUAACCCGGCAAAGUGCACAUUCGACGCUAAGUCAGGGAAACUGCUAGGGUUCGUAGUCAGUGAAAAAGGCAUCGAGGUCGAUCACGGAGUUGCCACCUCCAUCGACGCCUUUGACACCAUCAAGGCAUACUUAGUUCAACCGCUGGUGUUGGUCCCACCUACACCGGGUCGUCCUCUCAUCCUUUACCUGACAGUACGCCGACAAUCCUUGGGGUGCAUGUUGGGACAAGAGGACGAGUCCACGCACAUAGAACACGCCAUUUAUUAUUUGAGUAAGAAGUUUACAGAAGGGGAGUCCAACUACCCGGAGAUCGAGAAGUUAUGCUGCGCACUAGUAUGGAUCAUGCAGAGAUUCCGGCAAUACACUCUCUACCACACCAUCCAUUUGCUGUCAAAGGCAGAUCCCCUGAAGUGCUUGCUCGGCAGUCCGUCCUCCAUGAGGAAUAUUGCAAAGUGGCGGUGCCGGCUAACUGAGUACGACAUCGAAUAUGUCUCCCGCACGUCGAUUAAGGGGCAAGCAAUUGCAGAUCACCUAGCGGAGUUCCCAAUCGAGGACGACACCCCAAUCAAUUCCGACUUUCCAAAUGAAGGGAUCCUCCAAGCGGCGAUCAAUUUCAAGGUGAAGGAGCUGGAGGUGUUCAGGGAUUCAAUGCUCACAAUCUUCCAGACACUGGGACAAUCGAAGACGAAGGACGCAAAGCUAGUACCAUAUCACGAGUAUCUCGAGGAGUUGGCGGAGAACUUCAAGAAAAUCUCGUUUACAUACACGCCACACAUCAAGAACCAGUUUGCAGACGCACUCGUAACACUAGCAUCAAUGGUGAGCAUCACAAAAGAAAACCUUAUCGAGUCACUCGAGAUCGAGAUUGCCAAAGGCUCGGCUUACUACGACACAAUGGAGGUGACCGAAGAACAACCAUGGCCGACUGCGCCAAACACAUCAGACACUGCCACUUGUGCAAGGUUUACGUCGGUCAGAUCAAAGCACCCCCCAACGAGUUACACCCGAUGGCUGCCCCGUGGCCCUUUUCAAUGUGGGGGCAUCGAUGUGAUCGACCCUAUCAAUCCCAAAGCAUCCAACGGACAUCUGUUCAUUUUGGUGGCAAUCGACUACUUCAUCAAGUGGAUUGAGGCCAUAACACUCGCUUCGAUCACCACAAAUGUCGUGGCACAUUUCCUUAAGCGUGACAUUAUCGCCCGAUAUGGAGUCCCCGAGACAAUCAUCACCGACAAUGCCAAGAACCUGAAUAACAAGAUCAUCGACGAGCUUUGUGAGUGA